AUGGAAGAGCAAACUUGGAUCGACAACGCUGGCAAAGGAAUUGGAAGCUAUGACUUGCCAAUGGAAGGGAAUCUAUCUGAUAAUCUAUGGCACAAGGAUCGUCGACAAAAUUUGAUUCUAUCUUUUGUGAAGAGACAUGUUACCAUCCCGCCGGUGAGUGGACACCUUGCUGCAGCAGCACAAGUACUCAUGGCCAUGUUGUCAUUGAAACAAAAGGCAACAAUCAACUGUGUACGAUUUGCAGCAAUGUUGGAGAAGCAGUGGAUUGAAAUCGAGAUGUUAUGCGAUGAACACGACUAUCUACGUGAAGACUCUGUUGAGAGGUCGUUCGAAUCGAUGGAUGAUUCAAUGGGUCAAUAA